GGGGUUUCUGUGACAAACGCCGCCCACUUCCCUGGAGCAUCGGAAGCGCGGCAAGGCGAGGGGCGGCCCCGGGUCUUGGCAGGAAAUGGGUCUGCGGCUGUCUUUCCAGCAGGGCCGCUUUUUCGUCUCCGCCGGCGGACGAGCCAGCUCAGCUUUUCUGCACAGUUCUUUGGGAAGUAAUACCUUUAGUGCAAAACGAAGUACUGAACCCACCAAACAACCACUUAAGAAGCCAGUAACUCCAGUAGGUCGUUUUGAUACACCAGAAGAAUCAAGUGUAGAAAAGGAGCCACUAGAAAAAUUUCCCGAUGAUAUCAAUCCAACGACAAAAGAGAAAGGUGGUCCCAAAGGCCCUGAACCAACUCGUUAUGGAGACUGGGAACGAAAAGGACGCUGCAUUGAUUUUUAACUCCCUUUUGGGAAGAAUAACAUUUGAGUGAAAAUAGAACCCAAAGGGGGGGAAAAACCCACUUUACCUACAUAAACCAAAAUCUUCGCAUUUACCUGUGACAAAAUGUCAUAUCUGUAGUAUUUAACUGGAUUCUCUGUGGAUAUUUAUGGUUAAAUAUAAUGAAAUUGCAUUUUAAUGAACUAACGUGGAUAGGUUCUCUGCUGUUGAUUUGGGUGAUGCUAUGACAUUAUUAAGCAAAGAUGUAAAACUCUGCAUGAGAAAGUCUGAUAAAAGUACAGUUUUCUUUAUAGGUUUUCAAAGUAAGUAUCUGACAUUUUAGUGAAGUUCCAUGAUGGUGAUAAGAAUUCAAUGGGAUUUUGUUACUAUUGCAAUAUUAAACAUACUUAUUGAAAAAAA